CAAGCAAUGUCUCGUCGUACUAGACCACCAACCUGCAACAGCACUUCAGCAGAACCCUCGUAUCCGACUCAUUCCUACAGUUAUGGCGACUACAACACGACCGGCGGUUCUCGUCCGGAAACUCGCCGUGGCACCGGGAGACCAUCAACAGCUCGCCCGAGAACGGGUGCAUCUACUAUUGCGCGCGUCGAAAGACAGGAAGUCGUUUGUGCUGUCGCCGAGUCCAGGGGCAUCUCACCGGCUGUUGGCUUGUCAUUCAUCAAUAUUGACACGGGAGAAGCUGUGAUCUGUCAGAUAUGUGACAGCCAAACAUAUGUGAAGACUUUACACAAACUUCUAGUCUACGGACCUACUGAAAUUCUUUGCAUGGCUACCGCAGCAAGCCCGAAAUCAAAAUUGUUCUCUAUCAUCGAGGAAAACCUCCUUGAAUUGGGAAGCAAGCUGACACUUCUUGAUCGUCGUUUUUGGUCCGAAAGCUCGGGCAUGGAUUAUAUCCAAGAUCUGGCUUUUGCUGAUGACGUGGAAGCCAUUAAACUAUCAGUGACUGGAAGCUACUACGCUGUAUGCUGCAUCGCAGCAAUCCUGAAACACCUUGACCUGGGAUCCGGAUUAACAUUUGCUGGCCGUUCUCUCAGAAUCAAGUAUGAAUCCAGCCAAGGUUCGAUGCUAAUUGACGUGUCCACAAUCUACUCGCUCGAACUAGUACAGAAUCUUCAGAGCCCAAAAUCGCGCGACUGUCUUUUUGGGCUUCUCAAUGAGACUCAGACUCCUAUGGGGUCAAGAAUGCUCCGCAGUAACGUCCUUCAGCCACUUACCGAUGCCGAAACAAUCAACAGACGAUACGAUGCGGUAGACGAGCUGCAGGUCAAAGAACACAUGUUCUAUGCCACUCGUGGAGCCAUGAAAAACUUUGUAGAUGCUGAUAAAGUCCUGACAGCUCUGAUCAUUAUCCCGAGGAAGCCCUCCAUUCACACCACGGAGCAAAGCAUCAACCACAUCAUAAUGCUCAAAGCAUUCAUGUUGUCUAUAGCGACGGUUUAUGAGGCUUUGAGCGGAGCAAGAUCCUCGAUGCUCGCAACCAUUCGUGAUAUUUGUGCGCCAGGGAAUAGUUUGCCAAUUCAAGAACUAAUCGAGGAAUCAAUCAAUGAGGACGUUACGUUCGCUAAACAACCCCUCGAGCUCAGAAAUCAACGCACGUGGGCUGUCAAGACCAGUGUCCAUGGUUUGCUUGAUGUUGCUCGCCAAACGUACAAGGAGAACAUGGCAGAUGCAUACCAAUACGUUAAUGAACUUGAAGAAGAACAUGGUAUAAAAAUGGAACUCAAGUACGAACCUGCACGAGGAUUCUAUAUUCGCAUCUCGACGGACGAAGUAGAGACUCGCGAAGGCAGACAUCUCCCUGCAGUCUUCACCAACGUUGUUCGCAAAAAGAAGUUCAUCGAGUGUCAAACUCUGGUAUUGAUGAAGAGGAACCAAAAAGUCUUGAACGCUUACCAGGAGGUUGUUCUUUGUAGCGAUGCUUUCAUUGUGGAUUUUAUUGAAAAAGUUCGUUGCCACAUGUCUGCUUUAUUCAAAAUGAGCGAGGCCGUAGCAAUGCUUGAUAUGAUAUCUGCUUUCGCGCAUCUCGUCACCAUUCAUGAUUACAUCAAGCCUCGUAUCAGCGACACGCUUGCCCUCAAGGACGCUCGACAUCCAAUCUGCGAGAAGAUUAUGCAAACGAAGUUUAUCCCCAAUGAUGUAUAUGCCACCCGGCAAUGCCGAUUUCAAGUUAUCACGGGUUGCAAUAUGAGUGGCAAAAGCACUUUCGUCCGCUCUAUCGCCCUUUUGUCAGUCAUGGCCCAGAUUGGCAGCUUUGUUCCAGCGCGUAGUGCUUCAUUCCCGAUUCUAAAUCAGCUUUUUGCCAGAGUUGGUAUGGAUGAUAGUAUCGAGUGCAACGUAUCAACUUUUGCUGCCGAAAUGAGAGAAAUGGCAUUCAUACUCCGGAACAUCGACGAACAUAGCAUAGCUAUCGUCGACGAACUUGGAAGGGGUACAAGUACUCGAGACGGCCUGGCAAUUGCUCUUGCCAUUGCAGAGGCAUUGGUUGAUAGCAAAGCACUUGUAUGGUUCGCAACUCAUUUCAAAGAUAUUGCGACCAUACUUUCGGAACGAAAUGGUGUGGUUUCGCUUCAUUUGGCAGUCGAGAUCGAUGAGAACGAAACUAUGACCAUGCUGUACAAAGCGGUUGGUGGCAUUGUCCAACAGGCGCACUAUGGUCUCGCUUUGGCCAGUGUAGUUCCUCUCCCACCAGCAGUCCUCGACGACGCUACCCAGUUCGCACAUCUGCUAGAGCGCCGCAUGGUCCACAAGAAGAAGAUAUCCCCCAACAUUCUCAAUGAGCGCCGACGCAAACUCAUUCUCGACCUCAAGGAACAUUUGAUACAGGCGUACAACGGAGCAUUGGAGGGGGAGCUACUUACAUCGUGGUUGGUGGAAUUGCAGAAGGAAUUCGUGAAGCGCAUGACAGCGAUAAACUCAUCAUAUCAAAAGGAAGAAGGCGAUGGCGAUCAACUCGAGGACAUGGAAUUUGAAAGGGUAGGUGAAGUAGAUGAGGAUCAAAAGCAGCACGAAGGCCGGUCUACUAGUGUCAUGACGACCACAUCGGAGAGUUUGUCUUCGGCACGGGCAAUUUCGGAGAAUGGGCGUUAA